GUUUGCUGAUCAUAAUUAAUUCAGGUGUUCUACCGUAACCAACUGGUACCAAAAAGACGAACCAAACCAAUCAUGAAGUGCAUGGUAGCUGCAGUCAUCUUGGCCCUGGCCGUCGCCUCGGAAGCUGGAGUUCUGGCCGGAUGGCCGUACGGAGUUGCCGGUCACUGGGCGGCCCCAACCGUGGUUCAAGCUAACGUGCUGGCCCAUCCUUACGGAGCUGUGUCGCAUGCUGCGCUCCAUGCCGCGUACCCAGCUGCUGUCCACGCUGCCUACCCAGCUGCAUACCCGGCGGCCUACCCAGCGGCCGUUGCCCAUGCCCCAUGGGUUGCCCCAAUUGCCGCCCCCGUGCACGGUCCAGUUGCGUCGGUUGCCCACCACGCUGGAGUGGUCCCCGGAGCUACCUCGGUGACCGCCAACCGUGGUGCCGUCCACGUGGCCCCUCUGCCAGGACAUGCCGUGUCACAGCAGCAGCUGAACCUGGCCCCGGCACCCGGAACCAUCUAAGCCCCUUUGGUGACAUCUGACCUGAUCAUCAGCCACUGCUAGUCACAAGGAACCGAGAACUUACGAGCCCACCAAGAACACCGUUUCCGACUACUUCUACAUAAUCUUUUUUCAUCCGUCUAUCACUGUCGAUCAAAAAGCACUCUAUCGCAACUAUAUUUAUUGUCAUCUUUAGAAAACUGUAUGGAAUGUUCCAGAAUAAAAUUGUUUUCAAUGUUUCUUUAAA